AUGAAGUACGGACGACUGGUCGAGGUGGAGGUGCCGGGCGAGCUGGGCGUGGUGAGCUUCGUGUCGAGCGGCGCUGCGGACAAGAAGAAGGGGGCCGCGGCCGCGGCGAAGCCGAACGUGACGAAGAUCAGGAGCGGCGAGUACGACCGAAUCGUGAACUGGAUGCUGUCGUUCUUCGACACCUACUGA